AUGAAGGGUAAUAGGUAUAUUGAUGAGCAAAUACUACGCGACAUACUGAGCAGACUCCCAUUGAAAUCGCUUGUGCGUUUCAAAUGCGUCUCCAAAUCUUGGCAAUCCUUGAUUGAAAAGGAUGCGUGGUUGACCAAUUCACACCAUCACCGGCAACUGAAAACAAGUCCACGUCUCUUUUAUUCUAUCAGCAAAGAUAUAAUAUCAGAAAGUCCAAGUCUCGUCAUCAGGAAUCUCAUGGUACCUUUUCCUCGGGACGAAAACGUAGAAUUUGAGAGUCACUGUAACUUGUGCAUUGACACAAACCACAAAGAAAUAAUAGCAGCAACAACAACCAUUCAAGCAGUAUCGAAUAAAGAACUGUUGGCUUGUGAGCAAGUACAAAAACCCAUUAAUGGUAUGAUCUGUUUAAUCGACAAAAUAGAAAGUGACUGUGAUAAGACUAAAGGAGAUCACGCCGCUUGUCUAUACAAUGUCAUCACCCAAGAAGCAACACCUUGGAUCAGAUCAACUUAUUUAGCACAAGUAGAGAAAUGGUGUGACUUAUCGGAAUUGAAUGUAAAUCGUACUUAUGAAUUUGGAUUUGAUCCUACUACCAAGGAAUACAAAGUGAUUUGUAUGUGGAUCAUAUCUGGAUGGGAACUUCAGGAAUUUGAAGGGUGCGGGGAGUACACAUUAUACGAAAACACUGAAGACAACGAGGCAGAUUACAAAAUGUGCGAGAUCUUGACUCUCGGCAAGGACACUGCCUGGAGAAGGAUUGAUAAGGUACCACCGUCAGCUUAUUACCAGCAUAAAGAUAUACAUGGUUCUGUUUAUUCGAAUGGUUCUAUAUAUUGGACGAUGUACGAGGGCCAUCGUCCCAUACUAGUGGCAUUUGAUGUCGGGAGCGAGGAGUACAGAAUUAUACCAGACCUUGAUAUGAUUGGCAUUGAUCGGCCGAUGUCUUAUUCUCUUAUGUCAUUGGAUGGGCAUCUAGUUAUAGUAAAAAACGCAGACAAUUACAGGGUCAUCCUGUGGAUACUUGACGAUGCCUGCGACAAAAAUACAAAUACUAGUACCAUCAAAUGGACAGAAGAGAAUAUCAUGUUACCUCGUCUCUGGAGUUAUCGAAGUGUUCGACUUCAUGCUGUCGAGGCAACAGACUACUUAAUCUUAGAACUUUUUGAUGUCCAGAGUUAUGAAGCUUGUUUUCAUGAUGCUGUUUUCGUUCAUUCGUACAAUCGGAAGAAGAAGAUUUUCAGCAAAAUUGAAAUCACCAGAGAUGAAAACUACUCCUUAGGUGUCAAUAUUGGUCAUCCUUCUUACAAGUUUACAAAAUAUGUCGAAAGUCUUUUGACCCUUCAAAGGAGUUAUAGGCCAGCAACGGAGGCACCUAACUCGAGCUCAACCAACGACGAGCGUCCGCUUUCUGACAACGUAUAA